CCUAAUAAAAGAGUUAGAAAUCAUACGAAAUGGGAGAAAGUUGCGUGAAGCUCAUAGGUACAUGGACAAGUCCAUUUGUUUUGAGGACUCAGAUUGGGCUUGGCAUGAAACGUGUCCAGUAUGAGUUCAUUGGAGAAGAGAAGUAUGGACCAAAGAGUGACUUGCUUCUUAAGUCCAACCCAGUCCACAAGAAAGUCCCAGUUCUAAUCCAUGAAGAUAAACCCAUUCCUGAAUCCUUAGCUAUUCUUCAAUACAUUGAUGAAGUUUGGGCCUCAUCUGGACCCUCCAUUCUCUCUCCUCAUCCAUUUGAUCGCUCCGUUGAUCGGUUUUGGGCCACUUAUAUUGAUCAGAAGAUGAGUUCAAUCAUUGGAGGUCUUGCAAUAAAACCAGGUAAGGAUGGAAAAGAAGCCACAAUUGAGCAAUUCAAGAGAGGGAUAAUGCUACUAGAAAGAACUUUCAAUGAACGUAGCAAAGAAAAAGGAAAGGCUUUCUUUGGUGGAAAUGAAAUUGGGUUUAUUGACAUUGUAUUUGGAAGCUUAUUGGGCUGGAUUAAGGUUUCACAACUUCGACAUGGGCUGCAGUUAUUUGACCCAAUAACUGCACCAUUGUUAGCCCAUUGGGCUGAGAGGUUCGAGCAACACCCUCUUGUCUCUCCUCAUGUACCUGAUACACUUAAGCUUGCUGAGUUUGCUGAGUAUCGUUUUAUUCAUGAUAAAGAUUAAAGCCUAACCUAAGAAGAAAUAAGAAUAAAUUAUUAUACAAUAUUUGUGUUUUCAAUAAUACAUAUGAAUUCUAUGAAGGUAAGAGUGGUUAUGAAUGUUCUUACUACUCCAUAGAUUGUAUUUUCUAUGUUGAAGAACUUUUUUUAUUUUUCCUUUUAUGUUAACCUUACACAUAUAUCAAUAUACAAUGAUUAUAUUAAUAACUA